AUGGAGGCAGCGAGCACAAAAAAUGACCACGAAGAGCCUGGAAACAGCAAGACCGAGCUCAUUAAUGAAAAUGAGGUUCAAGUUUCUGAAAUUGACACCGGAAGUGCAACCACCUUCACCCUCUCUAAAAAGGAUGGCUUGCUUCUUCUCUCGCUCGGCAGUCUAAGUUUGAUGGCCGCACUAGACGGCACAUCUAUAUCAACAGCAUUACCGACCAUGUCCCAAGAUCUAGGAGGCACUGCAAUCGAGGCCUUUUGGACAGGAACGUCAUUCACUCUUUGUUCAGCCGUCUUCCAGCCAGUUUUUUCUUCAUUAUCUAAUAUCUUCGGUCGCAAACUGCUGGUAAUCAUUGCCAUUAUCUGGUUCACCAUCGGAGCUAUUGUAGCUGGUGUUGCAAAUAAUAUCACGCAGAUGCUAGUCGGACGAUCUUUGCAGGGAAUUGGGGGUGGAGGAAUCAUUACCCUGACAGCUAUCCUAAUCGCUGAUAUCGUACCCUUGAAGCACCGCGCGAAGUAUUUCGGGAUACUCAGUGCGAUAUGGAGCUUAGGGACGGUAGUUGGGCCAGUCAUUGGGGGUUGUUUUGCUCAAAAGGCUACCUGGCGUUGGAUAUUCUAUAUCAAUUUCCCUUUCAUUGCAAUUGGCACCAUGUUAGUAGCAUGGUCCACGAGCUUCAAGCACAAAUCACAAAGCCAACUCUCAUUCCGCGCCAAACUACAUCAAAUCGACUAUAUUGGAAUCGCCCUCUUCGUCCCCAGCACCGCCUCCCUCCUCAUCCCACUAACCUGGGGAGGAGUCUUAUUCCCCUGGAAAUCAUGGCACACGCUAGUUCCCCUCCUACUCGGCGCCGCAGGACUCUGCACAUUCGCAGCCUACGAGAUCCAAAUCGCCAAACAUCCCAUUAUCCCACCGGCGGUGUUCUAUAACCGAACGGCUCUGAUCUCAUUUUUAGGCUUCACGGCCGUUGGUCUGAUAAUCUGGUGCAACCUCUACUUCCUCCCACUCUACUACGAAGCCGUGAAGGGAUUCCACCCCAUAAUGUCGGGAAUUGCUCUUUUCCCCGAAACAUUCACAUUAGCGCCCAGCGCAAUGAUCAUUGGGUUCCUUAUAAGUCGGACAGGGAAAUACUACUGGGCUGUUUGUCUCGGCUGGUUGGUUUCAACUAUAGGCUUGGGAUUAUUAUGUCUACUCGACGUGGAGACUAGUACUGUUAAAUGGAUCUUUCUGAAUCUUAUCGGUGGUAUUGGAUUGGGAAUGGUGCUUCCCUCCGUCGCAUUGGCUAUACAGGCUUCUGCCCGUGACGAGAAUCUAGCGAUGGCAGUUGCUAUAUCGACUUUUUUUCGAGGAUUCGGACAAUCGAUUGGUGUUGCGAUUGGGGGAGUCAUUUUUCAGAAUCGAAUGAAGAGUACUAUGUUGUCGAGGCCCUUAUUGAGAUCGCUUGCUGAGCAGUAUUCGAGGGAGGCAUCUAGUGCUGUGGAGAUGAUUCGGGCUAUGCCGGAUGGGCCGUUGAAGCAGGAUGUCAAAUGGGCUUAUGCGCAUAGCUUGAAGUAUGUGUGGGGAUUUACGUGUGCGGUCUCUGGGCUGAUAUUUUUUGUGAGUCUUUUUACUAAGUCUUACACGUUGAACCGGGUGGGAGUCUCGAGAAGCUGUGAAGAUUUACAGGUGGAAGUUCAAGUUGCUGAACAAGAUAAUAAGGCGUAG